CCCGGGCGCGGCGCGCAAGCGGCGGCCAUGUCGCGGGGUAGCGCGGCGGCGGUGCCGUUGCUGGCGCUGCUGAUCUGUCUCAGUUGUGGAAAUGGACUCCAUUGGAAGAUUUAUAAUCGAAGUGGCAAGAAUGGCACAUUAACUCAUCCCAACAGCCUUGUCAGACAGAAACGAGAAUGGACGGUCCCUCCUGCUUUCAUACGGGAAGAGGAAGACAAUUCUUAUAGGAAUCCAAUUGCUAGAAUACAUUCUGAUUUUGAAGACACAGGGGUAGUGGUAACUUAUACUAUAUCUGGUCAAGGAGUUACAGAACCCCCUUAUGGAUUGUUUGUUAUCAAUGGAAAGACCGGAGACUUGAACAUCACAGGAAAGGUUGACAGAGAAAAGACUCCAGUGCUAUUUUUGCGAGGUCAUGCUCUAGAUAAGACCGGAGCAAAACUGGAAGAGCCAAUAGACCUUCCAGUUAGAGUUCUAGAUAUAAAUGACAAUCCUCCAGUGUUUUCACAUGAAGUUUUUGUUGGUUCAAUUGAAGAAUUAAGUGAAACAGGUACAAUUGUAAUGAGGUUAAAUGCAACGGAUGCAGAUGAACCAAAUAACCUGAAUUCCAAAAUUGCAUUCAAGAUCAUUUCCCAAAGCCCUAGUUCUGCAUUCAGUAUGAAUAAAGAUACUGGCGAGGUUCAAGUAGCAGCAAUAAACCUUGACAGAGAGACACAAAGUAGCUAUUCUUUGGUGGUGGAAGGGAAGGACCGUGGUGGUGCAGCAGAUGGGAAUAGUGCUACAUGCUCUUUAGAAAUCAAGAUUUUGGAUGUCAACGACAACCUUCCUGUGCUUGAAAGCUCUGCAUUUGAAGGAAGCGUUGAAGAAAACAGAGCAAAUGUGGAAAUUAUGAGAAUAAAAGUAUUUGAUAAAGAUGAAGAGUUUUCUGAUAACUGGUUGGCAAACUUUUCUUUUGUCUCUGGCAAUGAAGGUGGCUAUUUUCGUAUAGUAACAGAUACCAACACAAAUGAAGGAAUUUUGACUCUUGUGAAGGAGCUAAAUUAUGAAGAAAUGAAAAACCUAAACCUGGGCAUCGUUGUUACAAACAAAGCAGAAUUUCACAAGUCCAUUAAAAACAGCUAUAAAGCACAAACAAUUCCGAUCAAAAUUAAUGUGAUUGAUGUGCGGGAAGGCCUUGUAUUCCCCAGUGGGACAAAAAUUAUUGGAGCAAGUGAGAGCAUGCAAGUAGGGCAGGUCAUUGGACAGUAUCAAGCCAUUGAUGAAGACACUGGAAAAGCUGCAGUGCACGUUAAAUAUAUCAAAGGAAGAGACCCAGCAAACUGGAUCACGAUAAAUUCAAAUACAGGUGAAAUCCAACUUGCUAAAAACCUCGAUUACGAAUCACGUUAUGUAGUAAAUGGUACCUACGCUUUUACCAUGUUGGGUGUAACUACUGAUCUUCCUACAAAAACAGCCACUGGCACCGUUGUUAUUCAAGUUCAAGAUGAGAAUGAUAACUGCCCAGUUAUUGAGAACCCUGUACGGACUGUGUGUUUAGAUGCAGAGUUUGUUGAUGUUACAGCUAGUGAUAUAGAUAGUUACCCAAACAGUGCUCCCUACAGCUUUUCUGUCAUUGAUGAGCCAGAAGGAACUGCAAGAAAAUGGAUAAUUGCAUCCAAAAAUGCCACCAGUGUACGGUUGGUUCCCCAGGACCUGAAGGCAGGCAGUACUGAAGUCCCCCUGCUAAUACAGGAUUUCCAAGGGUUCAGCUGUGCUCAGCCACAAUCUCUGCAACUGUUUGUUUGUACGUGCACUGCUGACGGCGGAUGCAAAGAUAGAAUUACUGGCACUGGGUCAGCAAGUCUGGGACCAGGAGCGAUUGCACUAAUCAUCUUGGCAUUUUUGCUUCUGCUGCUUAUUCCGCUAUUACUGCUGUUGUGUCCGUGCGGCUCAGGAGCAAAGAAGGGAUUUGCUGCAAUACCAGACUGUAGCGAAGAGAUGUUGCGUAAAUGGAACAGUGAAGGAGCAGCUCCUGAGGAGAAGUUAAUGCAAAGUGUUAUGCUACCCACUGCAUCGGGGAACUUGAAGGGACCGGCCAGCGGAGCAGCAGUAACAGCAGCAGCGGCGGCAGCAGGAAUGAGUGCAGAGGAAGCUGCAGCAGGAGGAAGCAGUUCCGCCUCUUACAUAAGAGGGCAGAACAACAUGAUUACCAGGGAAGAGCAAAGACAACUUCAUCGUGCUGAUUACCAUACCAGAACCACAGCAACUGGAGGGUCUGUAGGCAUGGUAUCUGGAGAAGGCAACGUGGUGGUGACUGGAGGAGGUGUGGCGAUGGGAUCUGCAGGGGCCAUGAAUGAAGAAUUUUUAAGAGAUUACUUCACUGACAAAGCUGUCUCUUUUGCGGAAGAUGAAGCUCAAGCUGCAAGGGACUGUCUCCUGGUUUAUUCUCAGGGGGAGUCAAGCUCCCCCCAUGGCUCCAUCGGCUGCUGCAGCUUUAUUGAGGGUGAUCUUGACGACCGCUUUCUUGAUGAUUUAGGAGACAAAUUUAAGACUCUGGCAGAAAUAUGCAUAGGCAGACGCAUCGACAUGAAAGACGGUAGCUCCAAGAAUGAAUCCAGUUUUGAUGUUAAUGAGCAAAAGGCUUUCAGCUCCAAACAGGCCUCUGCCUCAGGUGGCUACUUCUCACCCACCCCAUCAGUGCAGGCAGGAGGUGCUGUAGUAUCGGAGGAAACAUCCUAUUCUGCAGAGGGCCAUAGCCACUCAACUGCCAGCUUUUUAGAUCCCCAGUUUAAGGAGAACAUAGUGGUGACAGAAAGGGUGCUGGCUCCUGCCUCGAGCUUGAGGGGAAUGGUGGAAGUCCCCAGCCUGCCCUCCGGAAGCAACGUGGUGGUUACAGAAAGGAUGGUGACGUCAGAGGGCCCUGGGGUAGGAACCAUGGCAGUUCAGGACCUCCCCAACUCAAGGUAUGUGGUGGUGAGGGAGCGGGAGACGGUGCUUGUGCCCAGCACUGAGCAGGGCUCACCGAGCUUUCCCACCUUGUCUGAAGGGCAGAGCAUGGUGGUGAAUGAGAAUGACCUUACAGCCUCAGCAGGGCCUGGUAGAGCUGAACAGGUGCUGAUCACGGACUCCCUGCUGAGCCCUCUGGAGGGGGCACCUCCUGCCAGCUCCACGCUGAGCAAGUCCUCCAGGGUCACCAAGUACAGCGCAGUGCAGUACAGCCGCUCCUAGUCUUGGCACCUUAACUUCUCAUGCAGCCUUCUGUAGGCUUUGUAUUCAGACCUGGUUUUUGUAGUGCCUUAAAAAUGACACUGACUUGUAUGUAGUGUCUUCUUCAAUAAGGACUGUGGCCAAGAAGCGAGCAAAAAAAAUCUACUAUUAUUAUAAAACAUUGACAAUGUUUUUGAAGUGGAACGAUGCAAGAUAUAUAUAGUUUGCUAUUUUUGUAACUGUUUUGCUAUAAAUUUGCUAUUUUUAUUGUUGAGUUAGUGUAAUAAUAUCAUGUAACUACAAGCAUAAUUAUGGGAAAGCAGAAGAAUAUUAAAAUCUAGUGAUUGAUGUCAAAGCACAAGUUAGGUUUCUGAGCUGCUCUUGAGUCUAUCUGCUGAACCUUCCUCCCUACUCCCCGAAGGGGCAUUGAUCUCAUCACAUCUUCUAUCUGUUACCUUGUGGAUAGUGCAUAAGAGCAGCUCCCCUAAACUGCAGCGGAACCCAGUGAAUUCAUCGGAAACCUCCUUCCUGAGAAAACCAAGUUGCCAGAGUCCUCUGGGCAGCAGUAUGAAUCUCCUAGAAGGUUGUCACAAUUUCAGGUUAUCAGCAUCUGUACAUUAAGCAAUCAGUACUUCUCUUUAACCUCUGUGCUAAUAUGCAAGUAGCAAAAAGAGCUGAGAACUGCUUUUCUUCUUUGGGUUUUUUGUUGAUUUUGUUGUUGUUGUUGUUGUUGUUGUUUUGGUACUUCAGUGUAAAAUUUCCAUUACUUGGCAUAGAUGUAGACUGACAUGGGAAAAAAAAGCAUUUGCAUCAUGAAGAUUUUACGCUGUCUCUUAAUUGGUCAUUUGAAUCAGUGGCUUCUGCUACCAAGAUUUAUGUCCCUUAGGAAUCUGCUGGAUCUGAUUUAUAAGUGCAAUUAAUUGAUUUUAUUUCUGUCUGUGAGUUCACAGAUACAAGUAGAGGAAUGAGGCUAUGAGCAUAUUUUUGCAGUUGUGAUAAUUGCAGCAUCAGAACUGCUGUGGCCUCUGCAGAGCUGUGUCAUGGCAGCUGUCAUUAGCUCUAGCAGGAAAAUAGAAAAGCUCCCUGUAAUUUUGUAACACUUGAUGUUACUUUUCUUUCUAUUAAGUCUGUGGUAAAAGAGAGAGUACUGUAACGUCUGGCACUAUGUAUAUAUGCAUGUGUAUUUAUUUGUUUGCAGUUUUAAACAUUUUAAUAUGACUUUAUAGCAAAAAAGAAAAAACAAACCUGUGAUACACUAGUUAUGUUUUAUCAGAGUAGAAAUGCAUUGGAUCACUGGAUCAUACGUUAGUACUGUGUGUACCUCAUAACUGUAAAAUCAGUGAAGUAAUCCGAGGGUGGUGCAAAACCCGUGGACUGCAGAGCUUUCUGGUUGUCUCCAUGUCUGCUGAGUUUUCAGGUAGUUGUAGGUUAUGUUUGCCACUGUAUUUAUUUGAGGGGUGAGUCAGAAGGCGAUUCAAACACAUUAAAAAGUACGAGCAGUGACUGUGCUCAUUCAUCAUGGUAUGCAUAAGUGUGUUACAGUGGAGAAGUACUUCAAGCAACUCAAACGAUGCACUUGCUUGGGCCUGUUGCUUAUUUAUCUCUUACAUUUUAUUUUUAAAGUACACAUCUCUGCUUUUAAGCACGCAAGCAGUUUUAAGUGGUAACCAGUUGUUUUCUCUUGCAGUUAGAGAGAAUGAACUUACCUCUGUUUUUUUUUUUUAAAUGGAGUGCUUCUGUAUUUUUAUGCAAUCUGAAAUAAAGAACUCUACCACAC